CGUUCGUGCGGCGGGUAACUCGUGCGAAUGCGAAAAUAAAUAACAAAAGCCGCGGUAUUAUCAGUGAUCAAGAACUCAACGAUCGACGGAUUGACGAUCAACGAUCCCGAGCCCAAACCAAAGCGCGCGUAAAUAGAGAAAACACAAUUCAAGAGGAUUGAUAAAAAAAAAGCAUACAGAAAACGAGUGACGGAAAGAGUGCGAAAGUGGAGGCGUUGUGUAAAAAUGAAAGAUUAAAAAGUUCAGAAAAAAAUGCGCUUACGCCGGUCGCAAAUCACAUAACCGUAACGGUAACAGUUUUGCCAGGAAAAAAGUGAGGAAUAAAUUCACAAAAACGGUGCAACAAAUCCCAGCUAAAAAUAAUCCGCAGAGAGAUAAAAAAUCACUCUGACAUUUUUUUUUUUGGGUUUUCGCUUUUUUACAACAAACUCACGUGUCUAACGACACUUUGACAACACAGAUACAAAUCUGUUUGCGAAGCUGAGCACGUGACCACCAAUUAAUGAAUGAGACAGUACCAGAAGGGAGGGAUAGAUAGAAGGAGAGAGCAAGAGAGCAAGAUAAGUGAUAACGCCGCGAAGGUAGAAAUCCCGAAUCUUAUGCAAAUCGAGCGACAAAAAGUGAAACGCAAAUAAUCAAGUUUAAAAGUCAAACGUCACAAACCAAAUUAAAUAAACAAUGCUUUAAAAGUUCAUAGCUACAACGCACAAAUGUUGUUUGUGAAAACAGUUAAAAGCAAAGCUAUAAAGGAAAUAAGUUUUAAGCAAAAUAUAGGCCAGAACUAAAAAAUUUUAAAUUUUGUAGCUUAAAGUUUUGUAGUUCUAUGAAGUACAAACUAAACAAAUAAAUACAAUUAAUUAAACAAAUACAAUUUAAUCGCAGUAAACGUAAAAAUAACACUUUACACCUUCUCUAGCCGAGUGACAAAUAGGCAACAAUUAGUCAGUCUGUCUCAUUAUUAAGUGUGUUUAGCAACAAAAAACAACGAGCAAUCAACGUCAAAAUAAUCAAAAAGCAGCCAGCAGUGCGAAAGAGAUACCCGCCGAUCGCCAGAAAGAGAGGGCAAAUCGAAUUGGUUGACGACCGCGGAGGUUUGACAAUAUGUUGAGCCCCCAUAAUGAAGGAAAUUGAUACGGAGACAACAGUAGUAUGGCCAGCCUGGUGUUAUUCCGGUAACGCACCCACCGACAUACUGCAGCAGAAGCCAGCCAAGGCCACCACCGCCAUUGUGGGCGGUCGCAGCGCAGCCCAACCGGCGACCCACGACGACCAGCAAGCGGCCACGACCGCCACAGCCACCAAGCGGAAGCACCUCGAGCGGCUGGCCAGCGAUCUGCGUCAGCUGGGCCAGAAGGGCAGGAGAAGCUCGGAGAGUCCCGUUUCAUCGUACCCCUCGAUUGCGGCUACUGCCAAAAUGCUAAGCGAGCGAUCGCUGCUGCUCAGCGGAUAUGGGGCCAUCGAGAGUAACGCCAAGAAGCUGAGCGAAGCGGCCACCGGUGGGGCGGGUGGCGGGGUGGCGGUUAGUCAGGCCGCCACGCCCUCCCUGGGUGCUCCCGCCUCGGCAGCCUCUUCCUCCUCCUCCUCAUCCUCAUCCGCCUCCUCUGCUGGUAACACCGCCUGCACCGCCAAUGCGAACACUGCAUCCGUGGCUGCUGCCUAUGCCGCUCUGUAUUUGGAGAAGGUCAAGCAUGAGAAGUUGUCGCCGCUGCAGAUGGACAAUCACAAGGAUGCGCCGAUGGUCACAAUUCACAACAACAACAACAAUAACACCAUUAACAACAACAACAGCAGCAGUAGUAGUAGCAGCAUUAGCAACAACCAUCAAUCCAGUCAACAGCCACAUCCACAUCAUAUGGGCCACAGCGUCAAAAGGGAGCGGCUCAGUCCAGGCAGCAACAGUAGCAGCCACAACGGCGAACUUACUGUCAGCUCAUUUGCCAGAUCUCGCAGCGCCACACCCUCCUCGUCAUCUUUUCGUGGUGGCGGCGGUGGUGGUGUCUCACCCAGCCAGCAGCAACAACAGUCCCAGCAGCAACAGCAACAACGCCUAAGUCCGCCCAGUGGCCCAGCAACGGCAACAACAACAACAACAGCAACAUCAUCAUCAUCAUCAACAGCAGCAGCCACACACAUGCCGCUGCACAAUUUGUCAACGAAUUUGCUAAAUAGCAUUCAGCAGGCUGCUGCCAGUCAGCAACAUCGCAACAGCAGCAGCAGCAACAGCAACAGCCACAGCAGCAACACCGCCAAAACAGAGGCUGCUGCGGCAUCGAAUGCCACGGAUUUCUCCACCCGCAACUAUUCGGACAUAAUGCGAUGCCUGGCGGCCAAGUACAACAAUACAAAUCCCAAUGACAACAAUGCAACACGACGCAAUUCCUACUACGACAGCAGCAACAGUGGCAGCUCUUCGACGGCCACAGGCAGUGGGGGAGGUGCGGCAGGGGGAGGGGCAACCUCUGCCCCAACUUCCGCCCUCAAGUCGGCCAGCAGCAGCAGCACCAGCAACAGUGGCACCUCCACCUCGGCCACUGCCAAGAAGCUCUCACCAUCGGCCUCAUCGGCUGCGAAUGCUGCUGCCGUAAGUCUGCCCAAGGAGGCCAAAGUGAGUGGGGCCGGUGGUGCAGGUGUGGGUGGUGCAGCUUCCACUGGCGGUGGUUCCUCGCUGUCUCAGCUGGCCCCGCCCCCCGCCGCCCCAUCGCCCACGGAGCAGGCCAAGAGCCAAAUGGCCGCCGUGGUGGCUGCAGCGAGUGUCUCUCCGUUUAUGACCAACUUUCUGCCCUUCUCGUCCGGCAUUUAUCCGCCACUGAUAGACAUGAGCAGCACUCAGGCACUACUGACGCUGGCGCGUGCUGUCAAAGAUGCCGAAAUCCAGGAGAUUCUGCGCAGCAAGCAGCAGCGCUCCGGUUCGAAUGCCUCGUCGCCGAGUGCGAGUGCGACGGGCACGCCACGAUCCAGUUCCACUCUGAAUGCCGCACUGCAUCAGGCAGCCCAAUUUGUUACACCCGCUCUGAUCUACUCGGCCCAACUGCAACAACAGCAACAGCAGCAACAGCAGCAGCAGCAACAGCAGCAGCAACAACAACAGCAACAUCAGCGACAGCAGCAACCGCAUCACGCUUCGCGGCAGUCUAGUCCACGUUCCACCAACGAUUCCUCGACGGUGGCGCCCAUUGGCGGCGGUGGCUCCUCGAUUGCGUCGGCGGCGCCACUGGAUUUGAGCUCUCAGCCGCCGGCCGCCAAGCGUUUUAAGUCCGAGCGACGGGCCAGCUCCACAGCUACCACAGCGACAACGGCAACCACUGGCUCAUCUGCAUCCACACCAUCCCCGCCACCGUUGGAGCAGCACGACGAGAUCAAUUCUGGCAUCGCCAACGCGGCAAUGGGAACGGGAACGGGUGAGGGUAUUGCAUCUGGAUCGGGAACGGGAUCGGGAUCAGGAGCUGGCAAGUCCCGAAGACGAUGUCAGGCGCAGAGCGAGGAGGUUAACUCGUGGUCCGUCGACGAUGUGUGCGGCUUUGUGGGCGGCAUUGAUAUAUGCGCCGAAUACGUUCAGUCGUUUCGUGAUCAGUCCAUCGAUGGCACUGGCCUGCCGCUCUUAACCGAGGAUCAUUUGGUCAACUCGCUGGGCAUGAAGCUGGGGCCGGCUCUCAAGCUGCGCUCCAUAUUGGCGAAGAAAUUGGGCGGGCCGUGCCCGUGUGUUGCAUGCGUUGCGCAGGCGCAACAAAUGCUGGCAUUGCAAACGGGUGGGGCAGCAUCAGCAACACCAGCAGCAACAACAGCAGCAGCAGCAGCAGCAGCCACAACUAGUUGCAGCAUUAAGUCGGAGAUCUUUAAUGGCGGCAGCAACGGCAGCAGCAGCAGUAACAACAGCAACAGCAACAGCAAUCAGGGCAGCGAUAUUGCAGCUACGCCAGCAACAGCCAGCUCGCCCAGCAGCAACAUGUUGCUGCCAGUGUUGCCGUGCAGCGGUCUGCACGAUGCCAGCUAGUUAAAUGCGCUCCACAUACAUAUUUAUGCUAAAUAAAUUGCAUUUCAACUGCAAAAUUGCUGUACCAAAUGAGCUUUCAACAAAAAAGAAAAAAAAAAACAAACACACACACCCACACCCACACAGAAGCAAAUCAGAUUGAAGAGAAUACCCUAUUGUAUAAAUUAAACAAUAAAUAUGUAAUUUAAUGGCUAGCUAAAGUUGUAAACUUUAAGUGACAACAACAAUAAUCGCAAAGUCUUCCAUUUGCACACACACAAAUCAUAUUUGUAUAAUAUUAAUCAAUUUAUUAGUCAAUUUAUUGAGAGACAUUUCGUUUACGUACUUAAGUGCAAAGCGCAUUUUGCAUUGAUUUUAUUUAUUUCUAUGACUUUUUUUCGUUUUUAACUGCUAGUCAGUAAAUAUAUAUUUAAUAGAAUUCCGCGAAAUGUGAAGCAAACUUAAAAAUUCAAUUUUAUUGUUUUGCAAAUUGAUGUAAAAGGCUAUUUAUUUUGUAUAACCUACGAUACAGCUGAAUUGUUGAACCCCACAAGGCUUUGUUCAAAUUUUUGAUUAAUUUAUGUUUACUUUUUCUGCGGCCAUGCACAAAGGAAUUCAAAAUUCAACUUUUAGAACUAUAUGCAUCCUUUUAAGAGCUCCAAGACUUGAAACACACACCACACAACAUACACAAAAAAAAAGAAAAAGAAAACAACAAGAAACAAGCAAAUAGAGAACGUAUUUUAUAGCUCCAUUGUACAUAUUGUUUAUUUAAUUAGUUGUAAGUCAUAAAGAGAGACAGAAAUAUAAUUUUCUAACACUUAGGCCGUAUGCAAUGAACUUAAAGAAAAGCAGAAACAUAUUUCUACAAAAUAGGAAUGAGAAUGAACUUGAUUUAUUAUAUACAUUUAAUGAACUAUAGCUAUUUUUCACAAGCUGAAGCAAAUAAAUUAUACCAGUUAUCAUACAAACAAAAACCAA